AACAGGGGAACUGUGGCCCCACGCGACCUGGGCUGGGGGUUGGCGUGAAAUAGCGCUCCGGAUUCAGGAGUGUUUACUCUCGCUAACUGCGCUUUUCGCUGCUACUCGAGACUUUAGCGGGACAACGCUGACUCGGGAAUUUUGGCUUAAUCGCUCCUCCUCCCUUCUUUAUUGUUUGUGGCGAAGGAACUGUUUGAAUGCUAUAAACUGCUGCGAGGGCGUUUUGUUCUCUGCUGCUGAUCCUGCCUCCUCAAAGUCGAAGCGCGGGCGGCAGGCAGCGGCCACGCAUCUCUCCCCUGCCGCAAAGCCGACAAGAAAGGGCUUUUCUUAGUCGGCUGAGAGGAGGCGUACUUUGAAAACUACAGAAUGGCUGGAUUUCCCUGGGAGGGCAAGCGGGGUGGAUUUAAAGUCCUAGUGGCGACGCUUUCCGUGGCCUUGGUUUAUUCCUAUAACAUCGAUCUGGAUCAUCCCGUGAUUUAUCAAGGACCCAAUAACUCUUUCUUCGGAUACUCGGUGCUGGAGCAUUACUACGACAAUACUCGAUGGAUCUUGGUUGGCGCCCCAAAGGCAGAUUCUAAGUACAGUGCUUCUCUUAAGUCCCCAGGAGCUGUAUACAAAUGUCGGGUUCACACUAACCCUGAUAGGAGGUGCACAGAGCUGGAUAUGGGUCGAGCUAAUGUUCGAGGAACAUUCUGUGGAAAGACAUGUAAAGAAGAUAGAGAUGAUGAAUGGAUGGGUGUCAGUCUGGCAAGACAGCCAACGGUUGGAGGAAGUAUAUUGGCCUGUGCCCAUCGUUGGAAAAAUGUCUACUAUGAAACUGAGUACAUCCUUCCUCAUGGUUUUUGCAACAUCAUCCCUCCCAACCUUGGAUUGAUUGGUAAAAAAUUAAUGCCUUGCUAUGAAGAAUAUAAGAAAAAAUACGGUGAAGAGCAUGGCUCAUGUCAGGCUGGAAUAGCAGGUUUCUUCACAGAGGAGUUGGUUAUCAUGGGAGCUCCAGGGUCUUACUAUUGGACAGGAACGAUCAAAGUAUUGAAUCUCACUGAUAAUACAUAUUUUAAGCUGAAAGAUGAAUCUGUGAUAGCCAAACGUUACGUAUAUCUAGGAUAUGCAGUGACAGCAGGUCACUUCUCUCAACUGAUGACCACGGACGUCGUUGGAGGAGCUCCCCAGGAUGGAGGCAUUGGAAAGGUGUACAUAUUCCGCACAGAUAGGAAUUCUGGCUCUUUGAUCAAAAUCUUCCAGGCUUCUGGUAAAAAGAUGGGCUCUUACUUUGGCUCCUCCUUAUGUGCAGUUGAUCUGAAUUCUGAUGGACUUUCAGACCUGUUGGUGGGAGCACCCAUGUUUUCUGAGAUUCGGGAUGAAGGUCAAGUCACUGUCUUCCUCAGCAGAGGAAAUGGAGUUAUGGAAGAGCAACGUGUUCUGGAUGGCAAUAACGCCUACAAUGCACACUUCGGGGAAAGCAUGGCAUCCCUUGGGGACAUUGAUGAUGAUGGAUUUCCAGAUGUUGCCAUUGGUGCUCCUAAAGAAGACGACUAUGCAGGAGCAGUUUAUAUUUAUCAUGGAUACAUUGGGGGCAUCAUUCCUCGAUAUUCCAUGAGGAUAUCUGGAAGGAUGUUAAGUCCAUGGUUGCAGAUGUUUGGCCAGUCCAUUUCUGGAGAAGUUGAUAUGGAUGAAAAUGGUUAUCCAGAUGUGACAAUUGGCGCCUUUAUGUCAAACAAUGUAGUUCUUCUAAGAUCACGGCCUGUCAUUACCUUGGAUAUUUCAAUAUUCCUGCCAGCAUCCAUUGACAUCACAGCUCCUCAGUGUCAUGAUGGCUUACAACAAGUGAAUUGUCUGAAUAUCACUGCCUGCUUUAGUUUCAAAGGCAAACAUGUUCCAGGACUGAUAGAUUUGAAUUAUAAUUUGACAUCCGAUGUGGCAAAGAAAGAAAAAGGAUACCCAAUCAGGAUUUACUUCAUUUCUUCUGGAGAAGCAACGAGCCAGAUCACAGAACAAAUGCAGCUUUCCUAUAUGCAGAAACAAUGCAUAAACUACUUAGCUUUUGUAAAGAGAAGAGUCAAAGAUGUGAUAUCACCAAUUGUCUUUGAAGCUACAUAUAGCCUUGGGGAAAAUAUUGUGGAAAAGGAGGAAAAAGGAUUACCUGCUCUCAAGCCUGUACUCCGACGGAAAAAAGGCCAGAAAAUGUCCCAGAGAAACCAGACUAUUUUUGAAAGAAAUUGUCAGUCAGAUGACUGUGCUGCUGACCUGAAACUCCAGUGUAAACUCUUCCUAUCUAGGGUGAAGAAUACGAAGAUUUGUUCAAGAACAUUGACAAACCAUAGUCCAGCCUGGAUGGAACUGGAGUAUGGAAAGGGGCUUCGGAGGUCCUGGAGGCUAAACGAUAAUUUGUUUAGAUAUGAAGAAAAUGUUAAAGUGUGUAAAAAAUUUAUGAAAGAAUUUUUUGUUAUGAAUAUGCAAAAGGGUACAUCGAUGGAAAUGGUGUGGGAUGCAAGUAAAGCAUAUAUGCAAGGUAUUUUGAUAUAUUUGAAUAAUAAGUAUAGAAAAAAACAGGGGGAAAAAGGAAAGGAAUUAGAAGAAGAGAUUAGAAAACAAGAACGAGCUUUGAUAGUUAAUCCAACAGAUAAGAAAAUUAAAGAGGCAAUUAAUUUACUGAAAGGUCAAUUUAACAUGUUAAUAGCAGACCAAGUGGCAACUAAUUUACAAUAUGCUAAACAUAAUACUUUUUGUAAUGCCAAUAAACCUGGCAGAUGGUUAGCAUAUUUAUUAAGGAAAAAGCAGAAAUCAAGGACUAUAGAGAAAAUAAAAUACAAGGGUAAAGAGGUUUAUGAGCAAGAAUUGAUUAAAAAAUCUUUUUUAAAGUUUUACUCAAGGCUGUAUACUGGUGAUAAAAUUCAAGAUACAGAUAUAGAUAGAUAUUUGCAGAAAGAGAAUAUUUAUAUAACUUCAAAAGAGCAGAGGGAUAGUUUAAAUCAAUUGAUAACUUCCAAGGAAAUUUUGUUUGCAAUUAAGCAGUUGAAAGUGGGUAAAGCUCCUGGGACGAAUGGUUUGACAGCUGUUUAUUAUAAAAGUUUACAGGAGGAAAUGGUGGAACCACUGAAGGAAUUAUUUAACAAUAUACAACAGGGAGGAGAGGUACCUCCAACUUGGAAGACAGCUUUUAUUUCUUUGAUCCCAAAAGAGGGUCAAGAUCAUACAGAUUCAAAAAACUACAGGCCGAUUUCACUUUUAAAUACAGAUUAUAAGAUUUUUGCUAAAAUAUUAGCAAAUAGAUUAAUGACAGUUAUGCAGCAAAUGAUUCAUCAUGAUCAAACUGGUUUUAUAAAUGGUAGACAAAUGAAAAGUAAUGUAAGGCAAAUUGUUAACUUACUAGAGUAUUUGGGGAGGAACAACCAGGUCCCCGCAGUGCUAGUAUUUUUGGAUGCUGAGAAAGCUUUUGAUAGAUUGAAUUGGUAUUUUCUAUUUAUUGAAAUUAACAGAAAGGAUGCAACUUGGAGAAUAUUUUAUACAAUCUAUCAAGGCAAUAUAUCAGAAACAAACAGCGCAAAUAAUAAUUAAUGGUGGUUUAACAGAUAUUUUUAAUAUAGAAAAAGGAACAAGGCAAGGUUGUCCCUUGUCUCCAUUGUUGUUUAUUUUGACGCUGGAAAUUUUACUGAGUAAAAUACGUGAGACAGAUACAAUAAAGGGAAUUAAAAUCAAACAGCAUGAGUACAAGUUACGAGCAUUUGCGGAUGACCUGGUUGUUACCUUAGCCCAACCAGCACAAUUGAUUACAGCCUUGAUAGAUAUAAUUAACCCAUAUGGACAAGUAUCUGGUUUUAAAAUAAAUACAGCUAAAACAAAGAUAAUAGCUAAAAAUAUGACUAGAAGCCAAAAAGAAGAGAUAGAAAGGGUAACAGGAUUUGAGAUAGUUAAGAAGGUUAAAUAUUUAGGGGCUUAUAUUAUGACCACAAAUAUGAAACUAUAUCAGGAAUGCUUUAUUGCGUGUCUGGAAGAAGUAUCAAUACAAAUUAAACGAUAAGUUACCAAUAUGGACAGUACCCAGACACGCGAUAGAGAAUAUAAAUGUGGAGCAAAAACAAGAUAAGAUUACAUAUAAGGAACUCCUUUAUAAAGAAGGAGUUAGAUUCACUGGUGGGAUUCUGGGGGUUCUAGGGGGUUCGGCCGAACCCUUUGUUAAAUUGCUGGCUCGCCCCGCCCAUUGUCCCGCCCCUCCGCACUACUAUUUAUUGCCAAUAAAUGGGGCGAGCGAGCCAGUAAUUUAACAAACGGUUCAGUGUUUUUUUAUAAUUUAUUGGCCCCGCAGCACACCGAACUGUUUGUUAAAUUGCUGGCUCGCCCGCCCCUCACCCCGCCCCACCUCCCACUCGCACGGCGCCAGCCUACAGUAGCCAGGGGUAGGCAAUUGUGGCUCUUUUACAACCUGUGGACUUCAACUUCCAGAAUUCCUGAGACAGCUUGGCUGCCCACCCCUUCCCACCCCUUCCCUAGCCUGAGUUCCGCUGCCUGGGAUCCACGUGGGCUGCCACGUGGUUCCCCACCGGCUCUGGACGCAAGAGAGCAGGGUAGAGAAAGCAGCUUCCAUGCCUUCACUCACCCUCACUCUCUGCUCUGUUGGAUCGCCGGCCAUUCGCUUACCCCGCCCACUCCCAAUCUAUUGCUGCCUCCAGAGUCCCAGCUGAUGGCUAGAGGAAAAAAAACUGUUCAAAUUCUUGCCGCGGGGCUUCAAAGGGCCGCCCUAUAGCCAAUGGUGCAGCCGAACCCUUUGUUAAAUUGCUGGCUUGCCCCGCCCCUCCGCACCACUAUUUAUUGCCAAUAAAUAGUGGUGGGCGAGGGGCGGGUGAGCCAGCAAUUUAACAAAUGGUUCGGUGUUUUUUUGUAAUUUUAUUGGCCCGCGGAGCUUCAGCAUAGGCUAAUUAGCCCUUGCUUAGAUCGGCUCCCCAAUCUCAGCUGAUUUGUCUCAGCUGUUUUGCUCAGGGCGCUGCUGCUUGCUGGAGCAAUUUUUUUUUCCCCUAGCUAUCCUGAAAAACGAAAUUAAAACUGCUUUGUUGUUGCUGCAACAUUGGAUAAUUAGGCAGGCAGAUUUCUUUUCUUUUUCCUCACCAAAAAAGGUAGGUGCAAACAAUGGGAAAUUUAGGGAAAAAGAGGAGAGUUCAAGAUUUUAAAACACAAAAGAAAAAAAGCUCUAUUUAACUAGGGAAUUGUAAUAAUUGAGAUACUAUUAAUUGUAUAUUUCUGAAAGCAGAAAUGGUUAAGUUGUGGUUUGGAGGAAUAUA